GAAUUCCGAUAGCCGAAAUUACGAUGGCCCACAAGGGUCACAGUGCGAGAAUUUUUUAUACACUGCGCGAGAAUUCUAACUGCUGUGCACGAGAAUUUCGAAACUGUGCGCGAGAAUUUAUAUUUGUGUUAGAAAGUUUCUUAUGAAAAUCAAAUUUAUGCUAUUUUACAGACCUUGGUCUGAAGUUUAUCUGCAGUAUCCUGGAACCGAGGUUGAACUCCACCACAGCGCCUCCCAUACCAUUUAUGGAGGAUUUAUUUAGGUAUCUCGGGGUGAGAGCAAAGUUGUUCUGUUUGUUUUCCAAAUUCAAAAUGAAGAAGUCAGGAAAGAGGUGAAAGAAGAAAUUGAAAGAAGUAUUUUGUCAAAACAAGACCAAGACCAAGCUUGUAAUGGAGAAUCCAGUGAUAUCAAGAACGAACAGAAGAGACAUGGAAACAUCACUACCAGAUUAAACACUUUGUUGACAAAGAUAACCAAAAAAAGUGUUCGUGCUGCUGGCAAUGCUUCAACAAAUAAAAAGGAUAUUAGAAUCCAAGUAAGGUGGAUGAGAGAGGUUGGAGGAAAUUGGAUAAAUGUGAAACAAGCAGAGGGAGGAGGAAGCCGUUUCAUUGCUUUAAAUCAGGAGAAUCAAACUUUCAAACAUUUAUUGACCAAAAGUCUGGAUGUUUAUUUUGGUGUGUGUGGAAAGAACUGUUUCAAUGAAGACCGACUAGAAGUAAGUGACUGCAAAACUGGAAGAUGUUACCGGUACUACAGUCAACUUACGGGACAGUAUUCCAGAUUAUCUUAAAGAAAGGGGUUUGUUUCAAUCAAAAACAUGGUUUGUUUUGAGAACUAGUUUAAAUGAUAAUGGUCCAGAGCUUAAAAAUUAUUUUGAUUAUGAUUACAAUGUUGAUUGUAUGUCACUCUCUGAUUCUGAGCCUAUUACUGCUGCUGGUCCUGCUUUGAAAAGAAAAAAUUGUGACACAUGCUCGGGCACUUACUUCAGGUUUUACAUCAGAUGUAAGCAAGAUAAGGAGUUUGAACAGUCAUUGCAGAAAGAUAGUCAAAAGAAUUCAUUUGACUCUGAAGGUGGAUCAACAUCCGAAGAACCAUCCAAUGAAAAUAUUACUGACAGAUCUAUCGAAAAUUUGCGAGAACAACGUAUUAAAGCUUUAUCUAGUAAUUCACCAAAAUUAAACUUGGAGAAGGAAUGUUUUGUCAGCGAAGUUCAUGAAAAAAAGUAAAGUAACUUUUAAUAUCAGAAGAAGAUGUGUAUUUAAUGAUGUUAUGCAAAAAAUGGAGGUGUUUUUUUCAGAUGCUGAAUUGUCUCCUUUCAAGGUAGAAUUCACCAGUAUGGGUGGUAAGGAAGCUGGUGUAGACACAGGUGGUCCUACUCGUGAGUUAAUAUCGCUAUUUUAUCAAAGCACGAUUGGUAAACUUACAUAUGGCCUUCAAAAUAAUGAAUUUUUCAUCCAUGAUCUGCAAAAGUUAACAGAAGAUCAAUAUAUGUUUUUUGGAAAAUUUGUGUCAUUAUCUUUAUUACAUGGUUGCAAUCCACCAUACUUCAGUGCUGGUCUCAGUGGCUUUAUAGUGGGGCAUAAAGACUGUUUAUGUUGCAUUGAUGACAUACCCAGCAUUGACCUCAAAAUUAAACUUGAAAAUAUCAGAUAUUGUGAUAAAGAAGCAGAAUUUCAGUCUCAAGUUCAACGUUUCCAUGAACGAUUUGACUAUGGUUACAACAAACCAUGUCCGAAACUAGCAGACAAAACUGAUUUAUUGCAAAAGGUUGCUCACCACAUCAUAAUAUCUAUGCAAUUAGAGGAAAUUCAGCAAUUUUUAAAGGGACUUGAAGCUUUUGGUGUUCUUGAUCUGCUUAGAAAGCAUCCUUUGGAAGCCAUGAAGUUAUUCACUUACAACCAAGAUCUUGUUGAUCCUGAGGUUAUCAAGUCCUGUUUUGAUGUAACAUAUUCGAACGAAAGUGAUAAAGCUGCCCUAGAGGAAUAUAUUUUUUACAAUUGGAAAAACUUCCUCGAUGAAUUGGGUCACGGUAAGUCUAUCACUGUUAAAACUUUCACCGUAUCUGAUGUCGAGAAUGAAAAAACAGAAGAGAGUGCUAAAUCAGAGAAAAAACUUUCACUAGGCGAUGUUAUGAUGUUUCUCACAGGCUCUACUGUUGUACCUAAUAACGAAAAAAUCAAAGUUCUUUUUGAUCAUAUGACUAGAAAGGGAAGAAUCAGUGUUUCGACAUGUCAGUAUCAGCUCACUUUUCCGGUUGUACCAAGAUAUACUGGGUCAAAAUUUUCUAGAAACAUUACCGAAGAUAUUAUUAAUUCGCCGGGCUUUGGCAUUGUUUAAAAAUACUUGUUGUUUGAUAAGUAUAUUUUAUCAGUGGUAUUCUAUUGUUUUUUGAAUUAGCAUAUUUUUUAAAACAUCAUUCAGCUUCGCAAAUAUUGGCCACGACAAUGCUUGAAUUGUGUUUCUCAUAGCCGUUGACACGGGGGGGGGGUGUCUUUUGUUUUGUCUUCUGUUUUUGUUGUGUUUUAAUUCUGAAUGACACAGAUUUUCUUUCCUCUAUUUUGUUCUGUAUUUUAUUUUUAAUGAAGAUGAAUCAGUGCUUUUUAUCAUUGAUAAUGGACCAUUCUUCUAUUUUGUUUUUUAUUUUAACUUUUAAUACAGCUGUUUCAAAUGUAUUAAACAUUUUGUUUCAAGAUUGAAGAUUUCAAGAUUACAUCUGUAUUUUUCAA